CGACAGCAUUCCGCCUCCGAGGAUAAAACCAGGGGUGACCUGCAGGGAACUCUGAACACUCCUGUGGCCGGCACGGCACAGCUCGCCAGGCCGUGGCCCCACCCCCACUGGACAUGUUUGUGUCCAGAACCCCCCCAGCCCUGGGUGGGGGCUGCCUCAGGAUUUUAACCUCCCUGCUGCUUCUGGCUUCUACCGACACCCUCAAUGCUGCCAAGACACCUGCCUCCCCAGCCUGUGGGAAGCCGCAGCAGCUGAACCGGAUUGUGGGUGGUGAGGACAGCGCCGACGCCGAGUGGCCCUGGAUCGUGAGCAUCCAGAAGAAUGGGACCCACCACUGUGCGGGCUCCCUCCUCACCAGGCGCUGGGUGGUCACCGCCGCCCACUGCUUCAAGGGCACUCUGAACAAGCCAUCCCAGUUCACGGUGCUGCUGGGCGCCUGGCAGCUGGAGAAUCCUGGCCCCAGGUCCCAGGAGGUGGGCAUUGCCUGGGCGCUGCCCCACCCCGUGUACUCCUGGAAGGAGGGCUCCCGUGCAGACAUCGCCCUGGUGCGCCUUGAGCACUCCAUCGAGUAUUCUGAGCGAAUCCUGCCCAUCUGCCUGCCUGAUUCCUCCAUCCAUCUCCCUCCGAACACCAACUGCUGGAUUGCAGGCUGGGGGAGUGUCCGUGAUGGAGUGCCCCUGCCCCACCCUCAGACCCUACAGAAGCUGAAGGUUCCCAUCAUCGACUCGGAAAUCUGCGGUCGCCUGUACUGGCGGGGAGCUGGGCAGGAAGCCAUUACCGAGGACAUGUUGUGCGCAGGCUACCUGGAGGGGCAGCGCGAUGCCUGUCUGGGCGACUCCGGAGGCCCGCUCAUGUGCGAGGUGGAGGGCGCCUGGCUGCUGGCCGGCAUCAUCAGCUGGGGCGAGGGCUGUGCGGAGCGCAACCGGCCCGGCGUCUACAUCAGCCUGGACGCCCAUCGCUCC